UAGGUCAUCUUGGGAUCGGAUUCCAAAGUUCAAACUCAGUAUCACUUGUUCUAUCCAAAAUUCCAUAUCCUCUUUGCAGUCUGCAGGCUCUCAGAACGAGGAAUUCUUGGUAAGUCGCAAACGUGCUUCUCAUGCUAUUCUGCCUGCUUCGCCAUGGCUUCUCCAUUACCCCACCUUCAAAAAUAAAUUGGAUUAUUCCACCCUUGGGUAGUGAGUGCCAAGAUUAGGCCCAUGUCCGAUGGGAAUAGUGGCGGCUUGAAAUUGUCCUAUAGAGAAAGAAAGGGUCUUCAAUAUCAAGCAAUUGUCACUGCUCUCGACAUUUGCUUUGUCCUCUCUAUUCAAUGAUGGCAAUGGAUACGCAUGCUUGGGCGGUGACAGGCGCCUCACAUUCGCAUCGCAUAAGGUUUUUGAUGCAACUUACGCAACUAGUGUGCAUGGGCUUACACCAUAUUGUCUAUAUAGACAACUCCAAAACGCAUUCAUCCUCGAGGAGAAUAAGAUAUAUCCGAGACCAUCUCGUGAAAUAUUAGAGCCAGAAACUCAGCACCGCCCUGCCUUUCUACACCGGCAGUAGCAAUGGCGUUGCCUCAGUAUAAGCAAGAUUUUCUUAAGGCUGCCAUCUCAGGAGGCGCCUUGCGUUUUGGCUCAUAUGAACUCAAGUCAAAGCGCAUCUCACCUUACUUCUUCAACGCCGGCGACUUCUUCACCCUCGAGCUGCAUCUACCCAUCUCAGAUGCAUACGCUCACACCAUUGUUGCCGAGGCGCCCGAGUUCGACGUCAUCUUCGGGCCAGCCUAUAAGGGCAUCCCGCUUGCCGCCAGCGUUCUUUACGCGCUCGGCCGCAUAGACUUCGCUAAGUAUCGCAGCACAGCCUAUAGCUACGAUCGCAAGGAGGCCAAGGACCACGGCGAGGGUGGCACUAUUGUUGGCUCCCCGCUCAAAGGAAAGCGUGUAUUGAUUAUCGAUGAUGUGGUUUCCGCCGGAACUGCCAAGCGCCAGGCCAUUGAUAUGAUCCGCGCCCAGGGCGGCACCAUUGUUGGCAUUGUUGUUGCACUUGACCGUCAGGAGACCCUGCCGGAUGGUGAUGGCAAGACGAGUGCUAUCGGCCAGUUGCGCAAGGAAUAUAACAUUCCCAUCCUAGCAAUUAUAAAGCUCGAUGACAUUAUUGCGGCCGGCAUGAAGGGUGUUAUUUCAGAUCAGGAAGUUAUUAAGCAAAUUGAGGAGUACAGAGCGAAGUACGGCGCCACCGAGUGAAACGGAUGAAGCCAUAUAAUAUAGGUAGAGUUUACCACUGGCUAGGUACUCGAACAACAGUGUUAUUUGGCAGGGGAACACCAGGCUUCCGGCGAAGACAAUUGGUUUGAGAAUAUGACUAGUGAAGAAUCCUGAGAUAGCCCAUCAGUCCGCCGCAACUUCAUCCAAGCGAGAGUUGGUCCUGAUAUCUGCACUAGUGGCCAGUUAUAAAUCUAAAAGUCAGUGUUUUAGUUCAGAUCUAGAAUACAAGAGAGAACCAGCGACUCUCUUCCCCAGUUGUUAAAGACCGUUACACAACGAUACAUCUCUAUUAACAGGAAAGCCCCGAGCUCGUACAGUAGGUACAUUGAAAAGCGCCUCGUCGGGAAUUACAAUGCUUGUCAAUUCCUAGAUGCACGAAGUAGUCAUGCGGACCACUAUAUCCGCUUAGUCAGACUAGAUUUUAAAGUGGGGUCAGCAACGCCCUGUUUAACCAACAUCUCGCCGACUUUGCGCAUUUUGC